AUGGCCAUGUUAAGCCGCCGCGCAGCCGCCGCCGCCACCGCUACCUUAUCUCGUACUCUGUCCCUUGUCAAUCCGGCCAAACACACCACAGCCAGAUUUUCGACCACCUCACCGAUGAACCAUCAGCCACCGCCUUGGCUUAUGCUGCCGCCGACCUUUGACGCCGCCAACAACAUGGUUCAUAACUUUUACGUCCUCGGAGAGAACCAAGUGAUGAGCGUCGUAAAGGAAGAAGAGGAGGAGGAGGAGGAGGAGGAUGAGGACGAAGACGAGCUCUUUUGUUGGCAGGACCGCAAUUUUAAGGCGAUGGGGUCCUCCCCCGGCUGGCUCGUCUUUCUCGACACCCGAACCAGCCACCUCUUCAUCGCCGAUCCCAUCAUUGCCUUCCACAUGAAGCUUCCGCCCAUCCACACCCAAGUCACCAGCAUUGCUCUCAACUCCCAUCCCUCUCUCUUUAACCAAGGCCGCGCCUUCGCCACUUUCGGUCCCGACAACAGAUUGGCCUUCUGCACGCCUCAUGGCCGGCACGAGUGCAAGUGGGCCGCUCUCGGCCACGGUACCGGCUAUGCUUCGGUGGUUUACUCCAAAGAGCGUGAGCUCUUCUUCUGCUGCACCGACUCCCGUCUGGAGGCUUGGGACCUCCGCGACCCCCUAUCCCCCACCAUGCUGCCAAUGCCCAUCUCGUCGUUUGAUAAGAGGAAUUACCCCCCGGGUACCGAGUACAAUUUCCUUGUGGUCGCUGAGCCGUCGGGAGAUCUCUUCCACGUGAGGCGGUUUGUGACGGUGGAUAGUUCGGGACCACUCGGUUAUGGUGGGCCACACCUUGGUUUCUAUCACGGUUCCCCUUACAGGACUCUCGGUUUCGAUAUCCACAGGUACGACCCAGACACUGGCUUGUUCGUGUACAUGGACUGCUCACUAGACGGGCUUGCGUUUUUCGUCGGGUGCAACAACGGGCUUGCGAUCCACACUGACCAGUACCCUGAGCUGAAGCCCGACUCCAUUUACUACACAGCGCCACCGGCAUGGAUCCACUGGAGCUACGGUGGCCAUGAUGUUGGCAUCUUCGAUAAUCGAGACAAGAGUUUUUCACCCUGUUUUUAUCCUCGUGACGUGCAGAGCAAGAAAAUGGUUAGUGGGCCCAUGUGGUUUAGGUCCAAAAAUAUUUCGAGGCGUACGUUCCUCGUGCACAACCACGAUGGUACUCUCACUAUUACUCCCAAACUUCCAAAAAAGAUUUUAGCCGAGGCGAGUAAUACUCUUUCCGCAAGAAGAAUACGCCCCGCUCUUUCCGCAAGAAGAAUACGCCCCGUGAGAAUACGCCCCGCUCUUUCCGCAAGAAGAAUACGCCCCGUGUGGCAGCUAACGGUUCAGGCGUAA